GACGUUCACUUCCGGGUGAGUGCCAUGAACGAGUUGAACUUCCCUUUGCGGCUCGCUGACUAGUCCCAGCUCCAUCUGGUUUCAGCUGGACAGUUGACAGGUGCCGCUCCCGUAAAGCCAGCUCAGAUGGAUUAUACCGCCGCUCAGAGUGGGUUCAGACAGCGUAAGUUACAGCCUAAUAUGCGCCUGAGGAACAGUUCUGUGGAUGGGCCCGAUGGCAGCCAGCUGUUUGAUGACACCAGUGCAGCUGGGCCCGGCGCUCAAGGAGUCUACAGAAAUCAGCAGGCGGGGCCCCAAGCAGCAGGACUUCCUGGCCAGUCCUUCCUGUCAGACCCCAUGUCCAACCUGGCGAUGGUAUACGGCAGCUCGCUGGCGUCCCAGGGGAGGGAAAUGGUGGACAAAAAUCUGGACAGGUUUAUUCCCAUAUCCAAGCUGAAAUACUACUUCGCUGUCGACACGGUGUACGUGGGGAAGAAGCUGGGGAUUUUAGUUUUUCCUUACAUGCACGAGAGCUGGGAGGUGUGUUAUCAGCAGGACAUCCCCGUGGCGCCGCGCUUUGAUGUGAACGCUCCUGACCUCUACAUUCCUACGAUGGGCUUCAUCACGUACAUCCUGGUGGCCGGACUGGCUCUCGGCACACAGGACAGGUUUUCUCCAGAGCUUCUGGGGGUCCAGGCCAGCUCAGCGUUGGUGUGGUUGAUCAUGGAGGUCCUGGUGGUCCUGCUUUCACUCUAUCUCGUCACCGUGAACACAGACCUCACCACCAUAGACCUUUUAGCCUUUUCAGGAUACAAAUAUGUUGGGAUGAUCGUGGGCGUAGUGGCAGGUCUUUUAUUUGGAAAGACAGCAUAUUACCUCUCUCUGCUGUGGUGUUGUGCCGCCAUCUUUGUCUUUAUGAUCCGCACUCUGCGUCUGAAGCUCUUAUCCGAGGCGGCGGCUGAAGGGAAGCUGGUGAGAGGAGCCAGGAACCAGCUGAGGAUGUACCUCACCAUGUCUAUCGCAGCGGCACAGCCCAUCUUCAUGUACUGGCUCACCUACCAUCUCAUCAGAUAAAAGCCUCAACGCUCACCGACUGAGACGCUCAUCGUCUCAGAAACGGAAACAAACUCUGCACAAGGAACCACGUCGCUAAACUCGACGUGCAGAACGCGCGCGCUACCAAACAACAAAGAGGGGCCACCUCUGCCUCCUCCUCUGAGCACAGCCACAUUGUUAGUUUUUUUUUUUAUAUAUAUUUAAUGUCUUCAGAUUUUGUAGCAAGAACAGGUGGCUUUAAUUUCUCUGCAUCUUUAAUGUGUAAUUGCACGUUAACUAUGUUUUUAUGAAUAUUUAUGUACGCCUGUGAGUUGAUUAAGCUGCCAUGUUGCAGAUUCACAGGUGUUUUUUUUUUUUUUUUUUUUUAAGCCAGUGCAAAGGAAGCACUUCAGCCUCACACGUUGCAUAAAACAUUUAGCCUAAAUGUUUUAUGUAACUUUUUUUUUUUUUUCUGUCAGAGAUGCCAGAUAAAGUGGAGAAAAAGUUCAAAGAAAUCCUUCAGGGUGGUGCUGUUGUGUGUGCGAGCUUUGCAGCCGGGCACCUCCUGGACUGAGAGAUCUCCUGGAAGAUGGACCUGUUUACUGCUGAAUAAACGUAGUUUAAUUGAAUAUCACUGUUGUUUUAUGUUUGCAAUAAAAAAUAGUCUUAUUUACCACCGGGGUUCAAUUCAAAUCAGCCUAAAUUAUUCCAGGAAACCUUUGUAUGUGAGCUCUCAAACUGCGGCUGAAGCUGUUUUUGAUGAGCACCUAUUUAAAUAGGAAGCAUUUUACCCCGAACCGACGGGUUAUUUUUACCACUAUAGCACGACGGACUUGAAGUCAAAGUUUACUGGAAGUGGAAGAAAAGCUGAUAAUAUGAAGCCACUGUAAUGAUUUGACGAAGUGACUGAUGGACUGACAAAAAUUUUGCUUGUUUUCUUAAAUGUUUGUAGCUGAAUUUGUAUCACAAUUCUGCUCAUUACUGCGAAGGAGAAAUAAAAAAAAUUUACCUGUAGAACAAACUAGAAUUCACAGCAUUUCGGACACAAAUGUGUGUUUUCAUUGCUGUUUUUCUCCUUUUUUUUUCAAAAUAAAGAACUCGUAAGUCA